AUGGGGCCAUCUCAGUCUACGCACAAGUCAGAUGACUCUCACGGACAACAGUUUAUUCUCCCGCCCUUCACUCGUGACGUUACUACCACUAAGCCAGAGGCCAAGAGAUGGGUCGAAGAUGGCAUCGUUUGGUGCUACGCUUUCAAUCAUGCCGAAGGAGAACGCUGUUUUGAAAGGGCCAUUGAGAUCGACCCAGAAUGUUGCCUCGCAUAUUGGGGCCUUGCCUUUGCUCUUGGUCCCAACUACAACAAGCCAUGGAAAGCAUUCGACCGCAACGAUCUCAAGCACACCACAUUGAAAGGUCUUGAAGCCUGUAAAAAAGCUGAGGCUCUAGCCUCGAAAGCGAGUCCCGUUGAACGAGCUCUUGCUGGUGCCAUUCGGCAUCGCUAUCCUAAAGAUGAGAACGACACAAAUCAUGCCAGGAGUUGGAACAGUGCCUACGCAGAAGCCAUGAAACCUGUUUAUGAAGAGUUCAGAGAUGAUCUUGAUAUCGCAACCCUGUACGCCGACUCACUCAUGAAUCUCACGCCCUGGGCUCUAUGGGACGUCCGAACAGGGAAGCCUGCCCCUGGUUCUGAGGUCCUCGAGAUUCAAGAAGCUCUUGAAAGAGGUAUAGCUCAGGAAGGCGGAUAUGAGCAUAUCGGACUCUUGCACGCCUACAUUCACGUCACUGAGAUGUCAACUGAGCCUGAAAAGGGUCUUCUUGCAGCCGAGCAUCUUCGCAGAUUGGCGAAUGAAGCAGGCCACCUAGCUCACAUGCCUUCUCAUCUCGACAUCCUAAUCGGAGACUAUCGACGUGCCAUCUCUGCCAAUGCAAAGGCUGUCAUAGCUGAUGAGAAAUUUGUAUCCCUUCGGGGCGGCGGCGACUUUUACACCAUAUACCGCAUGCACGACUACCACUCACUCAUCUACGCCGCCAUGUUUGCUGGCCAAUACGGUGUCUCGAUCAAGGCAGUGAACCAAAUGGAAGUGGCUAUUCCAGAUCAAGAUCUACGAAUUGAGUCGCCUCCAAUGGCAGAUUGGCUAGAGACAUUCCGAUCAGUUCGUCCACAUAUCCUCAUCCGAUUUGGAAAAUGGGAGGAAAUCAUUGACAUGCCACUUCCUGUGGACCAGAAACUGCUCUGCGUGACCACCGCGACGAUUCACUAUGCCAAGGGUGUUGCUUAUGCGGCCCUGGGGAAUGUUGAAGAGUCAGCUAAGCAGCGAGAACUCUUUAUUGCUGCCAAAGCUCGUGUGCCGCCGACCCGUACGCAGUACCCUAAUAAGUGCCUUGAUGUCUUGGCCGUGGCCGAAGCCAUGCUCGAUGGCGAACUUGAGUACCGACGAGGCAACAUUGAGCUUGCCUUUGAGCAUCUUCGAAAGUCAAUCGAUCUCGAUGAUGGUCUGCGAUACGCUGAGCCGUGGGCAUGGAUGCAACCCGCCCGUCAUGCAUACGCCGCUCUCCUCAUGGAACAAGGCCGCAUCGAAGAAGCUGCUGAAGUAUAUCGCACCGAUCUCGGAUUGAAUAAUAAGUUAUUCAGGGCCAGGCACCACCCUAACAACGUCUGGGCCCUCCACGGCUAUCACGAGUGUGCAGUGAAGCUGGGGCUUGACGGCGAGGCGCGGAUCGUAAAGCAGCAGCUUAAGACGGCUAUGGCUUUUGUGGAUGUGCCUAUCGAGUCGUCGUGUUAUUGCAGACGGGAUGUUGAGAACCCUCUGACUGCUCAGAAAGUCCACCACCAAGAAUUGCCCAAUCCUGACUCUCCACGAACAGCUUUACAAGACCAAAACAUAGCGCGCCUCUUCCAUUCUUACACUUCUAAUAUCUCGGAAUGGUAUGAUCUCAGCGACUCAAAAUGUUCCUUUGGCCUUGAAGUUCCGUCCAUCGCCCUAGACGAACCUCUUCUCUUCUGUGCUGUCAUCGCCCUCUCCUCGAUGCAUGCCUGUAAAACAUCAGCUCCAAGUUUUCGAAAAGUCGCUGAAUUCUACCAUCAUCGCUGUGUUCAAUUUCUCAUCGCGUUGGACGCAGGCGAUGAGCUCAUCAGCCGAGGUGUAGCCCUCGCUGCGACGUGUCUUUUACGUUCAUAUGAGAUUCUUGACGGCGAUGUUGAUCCCAACAUGCAUCUUCGUGGUGCUUACUCAAUGGCUUCUCUCCACGAUGUGCUCUCAGGCAUACCAAAAGCAGGCUUAUUAGGUGCUGGGUUCUGGAACUAUCUCAGAGAGGACAUUACGUUCAGCCUAUUUGAGGAGUGUCCAUUGAAGAUGGACCUGGAGAGCACACCAUUGACCAUUCAGCAUAGCUCUGAUCAAGAUUAUCUCAAUUCCAUUACUUUGAUUUUGGGCAAGAUAAUCAAUAUGUCUUUUAAACAAGACACCGAUGGACUUCAGUGGGACUAUAUAAAGCAAGACCUCAAAGGCUGGCGGAAUUCUUGCCCUCGUCACAUGAAGCCGUACUCAAGACUGCAGGGUGACACUGUCACAUCUCAUCUAUUUCCCGCAAUAUGGUUCCUACAGCCUUGUCAUGCUGCGAUACUUCACUAUUACCUCGUCGCAAUGACAAUAGUCUAUAUCCACGCCUCUCCAAGAAGUCUAGAGGACCUAGGCGGCCUUCAUCUCCCUGAACUUGAAGCUCAGUCCAAAGAACAAUUUCUCGAGAACUUUGCCCUUGAGAUAUGCGGCAUUGCUUUCACUGCCAAGGUGCCAUCAGUUCUGGUGAACGCAUUCGGGCCAAUAGCUUUUUGCGCAAGAUUUAUCAAAGCCGAGGCGUCGCAGCAGGAGCUGAUUCGGCAACUACUCGCAUGUAAAACAUCCAUAGGAUGGCCAGUUGAGCGACUCAUUGGUGAUCUGAAGGGAUCAUGGGGGAUGGACAAAGAGUAG